UCGAAGGAGUAUUCAAGACACCUGUCAAGAAGGACCUGGAGUGUAGCCCGUACGUUGGUCGCCCUGCUUCGAUAUAACUCAAAGCAUGGAAUAAAUAAGUAUUUUUUUGCAUCGAUACAGCCCGGACGAAUCAAGCCUGAUUGCGCGCUUGAAAACCAAACCAUUGCGCAUUUAAAUCGUCCAUCUCUCCAGCACCAGUUGUGUUGUUUAGAACUUUGAUAUACCGCCUGUGACUGUUUAUAUUGUGUGUGUUUUUCCCCAUAGACGGUUUCGUUUUUCCAUUCGGACGCAGCCGGACAAAUGCUUUUCCAUCAAUUUGUUAACGGAGGUCUGGAGACAAUGCAUCCCACUAUUCAGAAUGACACUACUUUCACUAAGAUUUUUGUCGGUGGUUUACCUUAUCAUACCAACAAUGCAUCCCUUCGAAAAUACUUCGAGACGUUCGGGGAUAUUGACGAGGCCGUUGUGAUAACGGACAGACAAACCGGGAAAUCCCGAGGAUACGGCUUUGUGACUAUGAUGGACAGAGGGGCAGCAGAGCGGGCAUGUAAAGACCCCAACCCCAUCAUCGACGGUAGGAAGGCUAACAUCAACCUGGCCUACCUGGGAGCCAAGCCACGCAGCCCACAGACAGGUUUCUCCAUCGGUGUGCAGCAGGUCCAUCCCGCCCUGAUCCAGAGGCAGUAUGGAUUGGCCCAGCAGUAUGUGUACCCCCAGGCCUUCCUCCAGCCCAGCCUGUUGCUCCAGUCCCACCUCAGCCCCUCUCAGGCCUCCCUCUCCUCCCCGUAUCUGGACUAUAGCUCAGCCUAUGCCCCCUACACCUCCACCCCCUCCACUGGCCUGGAGCACUACCCCUACGCCCCCUCGCCCUCCGCUAGCUACCUCCGCUACAGCUACUCCCCCGCCACACCAGGCCCUACCAUGUCUGCCCCCCCCACCCCUCCCACACCCAUCCACCUCUCCCUCAACCCCCUCGCUGGCCUCUCUGCCCCCCCUGCAGCCUACCUCCAAUAUCCCCUCCACCACCCCGACCGUAUGCAGUGAGGGGGGCCUGGGCUAUGGAGGUGAGGGUAAUCAGAGGGGACACAUGACAACAACGUAUGCAGACUUGGAACAAAGAGGAUUAUUGCACUAUGACCUGUGACAUCAUCAGGGCGAGACUCCCGACAACCAAGGAGAGAGUGGGGUCAGAUUCCAAAGGGCUUUGUGAAAACAAAGAAAAACAAAACACACUGAGAUUUCUUCCUGUUUUUCUACUAGGGUUAUUAUCCAUUAUUUUUAUCGUAGUUGUUACUAUACUACUAUUGCUGUUGUCGCCAAUGUUUAUAUGAAUGUUUGACGAGCUCUCCUUGUGUCCGAUGCCAAACUGAGCAGUGAUGGAGUCAAUGGAACAUGAGAACACAAGAAGAGGAGAAUGAAUCAUUCGAGAACCUACCACCUUCCACUCCUUACCCGCAGAGACCACCCACCCUCGUAUACAAAUAGUCAGGGAGAUGGUCAACCAUGGUUUGCCAGUGCUGUGAUAAGGUAUUGUGUAAAGCAAUGAAUGUGAAGAAUGUAUCAGCACUGUGUUAGCUAGCAAGCCAGCCAGGUUUAGAUAAAUGAUUCUAUAAAUUUGUCAAAUUAGCUGCCAAUAUGCCAACAUUCCAUUCAAAAAAUUCUGUGAAUUCACAGCCAUACACUGGCACAUAUCAGUUAAUGGGACUUAGACACAUUGUAAAUGCAACAAGUACUGAUAUUGUAUCACAUAAUAGCACUCACAGCUUUCUGUUUACAUAUAUUUCAGAUGCUAUUUUAAUGCCCCCUCUAGUAAUUUAGUAAGAUUUACAAUACCUUCAGAAAGUACUCAUACCCCUGCUCUUAUUCCACAUUUUGUUGUGUUACAGCCUGAAUUAAAAAAUGAUUCAAUAUUUUUUCUUUCUCACCCAUCUACACACAACUGCUCAUAAUGACAAAGUGAAAACGUGUUUUUAGAAAGUUUAGCACAUUUUUUGAAAAGAAAAGAAAAUAUCUAAUUUACAUAAGUAUUCACAUCCCUGAGUCAAUACUUUGUAGAAACACCUUUGGCAGCGAUUACAGCUGUGAGUCUUUCUGGGUAAGUCUCUAAGAGCUUUGUACACCUGGAUUGGACAAUAUUUGACCAUUUUAUUAUUUUCAAAAGUCUUCAUGCUCUGUCAAAUUGGUUGUUGAUCAUUGCUAGACAUCCAUUUUCAGGUCUUGCCAUAUCUUUUCAAGUAGAUUGAAGUCAAAACUGUAACUCAGCCACUCAGGAACAUUCGCUGUCUUUUUGGUUAGCAACUCCAGUUUAGAUGUGGCCUUGUGUCUUAAGUUAUUGUCCUGCUGAAAGGUGAAUUAAUCUCCCAAUGUCUGGUGGAAAGCAGACUGAACCAGGAUUUUGCCUAUGCUUAGCUCCAUUUGUUUAAAUCCUGAAAAACUCCACAGUCCUUCAUGAUUACAAGCAUACCCAUAACAUGAUGCAGCCACCACUAUGCUUGAAAAGAUGUAGAGUGGUACUUAGCAAUGUGUUGUAUUCGAUUUGCCCCAAACGUAACACUUUGUAUUCAGGACAUAAAAUGAAUUGCUUUGACACGUGUUUUACAGUAUUACUUUAGUGCCUUGUUGGCAAACAGGAUGCAUGUUUUGGAAUAUUUUUUUAUUCUCUACAGGCUUCCUUCUUUUGACUCUAUGUCAAUUGGGUACUAUUGUGGAGUAACUGUAAUGUUGUUGAUCCAUCCUCAGUUUUCUCCGAUCACAAACUCUAUAAUCACAAACUCACCCUUGGCCUCAUGGUGAAAUCCCUGAGCGGUUUCCUUCUUCUCCAGCAACUGAGUUAUCUUUGUAAUGACUGCAUGUAUUUAUACAUCUUCCAAAGUGUGAUUAAUAACUUAACCAUGCUAAAAGGGAUAUUCAAAAAAUACCUCCCUGGUGUUUGUGGUUGACUCUGUGUUUGAACUUCACUACUCAACUGAGAAAAUGUUAAAAAAACAUAAGUUUGACAUUAUCCCCAUAUGGUGUGUAAGGCCAGUGACAAAUUCUCAAUUGAAUCCUUUUUUAAAUUCAGGCUGUAACUCAACAAAAUGUGGGGAAAAGUCCAAGGGAAUACUUUCUGAAGGCACUGUAUAUGGGCAGCAUCCUCUUCUGGACAUUCUUCGGGAAUACCUUUCUGUACGUGGCCUUAUCACCUCUGUACAUUCUAUUCUCUACUUCAGAAUUUUGUUCUAUGUCCAUUUUUACAAGAUUCAUACCUCCAGUGGAAAAUGUUUAUGCACUCUCUGUCGUCUCUGCUCUAUUCCCAUUUUCCAUGCCCUCCAUAUUUGUGAGUAAAUUAUUGCAGAUUGAGAUAAUCACAAUUUCACUGAAUAUGCCAUUAUUAUUAUUCUAAUGGAGUAUGGGAUGAAUAUGUAUAAGGUAGACAACACUGUAGCAUAUGCUUUUUAUAUAAUUGUUACCCUAAGAUAUUCACGUCAAAGCAGAUUUUAGUAAAGUAUCUAUUUCCAUAUUCAUCAUCAUUAGAGACCUGCAGCAGCUGGGGUAACUGACUAUCUCAGUAUUUUUUAAGAUGCAGAAAACAAUACAGGCGAAUGUAGGCUGUACUAUUUGGUAUUGGAAUAGUAACGUGAUGUUAUAACAAUACAAUAGUUGUCUAUCAGGGAAGGGGGGUGAUUCAGUAGUUGUCUGUGUGUGUUGAGGCAGUGAGUACGCGUGAGUGUGCCAGUGUAUGAAUGUGUUUUUGUUAGCUUCAGUGUCAGUCCCCAUUGUGAGAGUCAGAGUUGUGCCAUUGUCUCUGGGCCGGCUGCAGUUUAGGGUACAGAGCUGCAACAGGAGUCUCUGUCGACAUAACCACCUUAUUCACAUGUAUGAUGAAGCCAUACAACCACAAGAAAAUAUGCAUAAUAAAAAUAAUUUGUAAUUAAACAAAA